UUACAAAAGCCCCAUUUUUUAGUCACUGAAAUAAAAAUUUGGCAAAGAAAGAUUUAAAGUAAUUAUUAAAUCUUAGAGAGAUGAUUUUUAUUGUCAAAAAAGUGUAAAACCUCUCCAUCACAGAGAGAAGCCUGUUUUGUUGGAUAAGCUGGCAUCCAACCGACCCAUGACUCUCCCCGAACGUCUCGACGAUGGACGACUCGGUACGGCAGAACUGAUGUCAAGACAUCGAGAGAACGGAAAUGUUGUCACCUCCAAGUCAAAAACAAGCCGCAAAGUAAUCUUCAUCAAGCACACAAUGUAUGGCAAUUUCCUGCAACAGUCCACAAAGAAACUUCAAGAUGAUUUGCGGCAGACAAUGAAAACGUACUCCACGGAGAAACAACAGCUCCUUCGACACUUGGCCAGUCUGAGACACGAGAUGGACGAGCUGAGACUCUCGGGCAGCGAGUCUCCCAUCUCCACGGAUAGCACGACGGAUUUAUCCACAUCCAGGUGUUCCACCAACAGAUCCAAGAGCAACCGGUUUUACCAUGCUCCAAACAUCGCUGCCCACAAAUUAAAGAAGAGCAGAAAGAAAAUGUCUAAACAGUCCAAAAGGAAUUCCGAAAUUUCUGAAGAUAAGAAAAGCAUCGAGGGAAUUCUGAAGCUCCCAAUCAUCAAGGAGGGAACUUUUGGAAACCCCCCACCAACCUUGACAUGGACAAAUAAAAAUUCUGAAUGGGACUCAGCACAUCAGAUAUCACUGACCAAUCUUCCCCCAUUAAACCCAGUGCAGGGAGUAGUGGCUGCCAAGGAACUACUUGAGGAUGAUUAUGUUAUGCCCAAAAUUGAUGAUCCAGACAGAACCGACAAGGGAAUUCCCAAGAAGAAAUCACAGGAGAAGAAGAGGGUUAAGUUCUCCUCUGAAAACCAAGUCGCUGUCAUCACAGGAGAAAAUACAAACAUAAAAACGCAGGACAGUGAUUCCGAAAGUGAUUCAAAAAACUUGCAAGGAUCUUCACAGGAAAACAAGACUCAAGUCAAAGGAGUAAAUCAGAGACAGCAUUACUUGCCUCCAUUGGAACUGGGCAGCAGACGCCGAUUAAACCCAAAGGAGACUGAGGACCAUAAAAUGUUGUACAUUUCUAUCAGGGAUCCUGAUGCACGGAGAAAAACAUUGUCAGAAAUCUUGCAUGCGGUGAGAUUGAGGAUGCAAGAGAAUGAGCAUCAUUUGAGAUUUGGAGAGAUGCCUCGCAGAAACAGACACAACUUGUACGAGACUGUUCUCAACAGUAGCCAGGAAUCACUGCUGUCCACAGAUAGCACCAAGAGCAAAUCCAGUCAUUUCGGGGCUCCGAAAAACACCGCCUACAGAAUGGGCCGUCGAUCCAGCAACGCACAGCUUCAGAGCUACCUUCGCAAGAUGUCAAAGUCCCGUCGUAUGAUUGAACACAUGGAAGUGGAAGAAUAUCGCCUAGCCCACAUAAUGGGCCACAAAGAACUAAUGGCUGUCUCGCAGCAAGAAAACAAUUCUGUUACAACCUAAGCACCAUGCAAAGUCAAACAAUUAUAAUUCUUUAAAGAUAAAACAUUUGUGCGAUGUGAAUAAGAUGUGGUGAUUCAUAAUGGAGACCGGAGACAGUAAAAAUAAUGGAGGCCAUGCAGAGUUUCCGCCUGCAAUAAUAAGAAUGCCUAAUUGGAAUGCAGAUAUGGAUUUCAAAACAUGCUUUUGUUCUUUCGUCAGAAGUCCAAAUUUGUUUCUUGGCUUUCUUGUGAAACAGACAUUUGUCACUUUAUGUUAAUAUUUGUUUGAUGCAUAUUUCAUGUUUUUCAUCAUGUAAAUAAAGCAUUUGGACCGACACCAAAAUUCUCUUUACAUAGAUAUCAAUGAAUUGACUUACAAUUUCUAACUUAAAAUUCCACCUCAACAUUUUUUCUUUUGGAUUGCAUUAAUCACAUUCAAAACAUUAUAGUGUAGAGACAUGGAAUUAAUUACUAUGGAAUCAUUUACAUUUAUUUCACUGGCAUCGAGGAUUUUGUUCGUACCCCUUGCCCAUACAUUUACAUCUUCAACAAUUUAUAGAAUUCAAUUUGUAUUUAUUACACAAACCUGUAAAAAUCAUGCAAUCCACAAAAAAAAUAAAAGGAUAAAUGUGAUAAACAAAUGUAAUGGAGCAGGGAUUCCACAGUAAAUAGAAUUUUUAUAUCAAAUGUAAUGGAGAAGAGAUUCCACAGUAAAUGUAAUUCUAAAAUCAAAUG